AUGUCGCUUUCAAUUCCAGGUCCCUCCCAAGCGGGACUUUUCAAGCCCGGCUACCAGAGCCACGAUGCCGAAGAUGGAGCCGUCAUCCGUAACAUCGAAGCCUGCCAGGCUAUCUCGGGCACCGUCCAGACCUCCCUGGGCCCUUACGGCCGCAACAAGAUCGUCAUCAACCACUUGCAGAAGAUGAUCCUGACCUCCGACGCCGCCGUCAUCCUUCGUGAACUUGAUGUUGUUCACCCCGCUGCUAAGCUGCUCGUGAUGGCCAGUCAACAGCAGGAUGCCGAGAUGGGCGAUGGCACCAACUUGGUUAUCGUGCUGGCCGGUGAGCUGUUGAAGAAGGCCGAGGAGUUGGUUCGCAUGGGUCUGAAGACCAGUGAUAUUGUUUCCGGAUACGAGAAGGCUCAGAACUUUGCUAUGUCUACUCUAGAGGAGCUCGAGGUCGACAGACUCCAGGAUUUGCGAUCGGCAACGGAAUUGAGCAAGGCGCUCCGCACAGUGGUUGCUUCCAAGCAGUCUGGCACCGAAGAUACUCUGGCUGCGCUGGUCGCCGAGGCGGUCUUGGCUGUGCUUCCUAAGAACCCUGCCAACUUCAACGUCGACAAUGUCCGAGUCGUUAAGAUUAUGGGUGGUAGCUUGGAGCAGUCCAAGGUUGUGAAGGGUAUGGUUUUCGGUCGCGAGCCCGAUGGAACUGUUAAGAAGGCCAGCAAGGCCAAGGUCGGAGUGUUCAGCUGCCCCAUCGAUAUCAGUCAGACCGAGACCAAGGGCACAGUUCUCCUGAAGAACGCCCAGGAGAUGAUGGACUUCACAAAGGGUGAGGAAGAGCGUCUUGAGACUGCCAUCAAGGAGCUCUACGACUCCGGUCUCCGCGUCCUUGUUGCUGGCUCCAGUGUCGGCGAUCUGGCCAUGCACUACUUGAACCGUUUCAACAUCCUCGUCGUCAAGGUUCUGUCCAAGUUCGAGCUCCGCCGCCUGUGCCGUGUCGUCGGCGCCACACCCUUGGCCCGUCUGGGUGCCCCCAUGCCCGACGAGAUGGGUCAGAUCGACGUCGUCGAGACUGCCGAGAUUGGUGGUGACCGUGUCACCGUCUUCCGCCAGGAAGACACCAACGCCGUUACCCGCACAGCCACCAUUGUCCUGCGUGGUGCUACCCAAAACCACCUGGAGGAUGUUGAGCGCGCUAUCGAUGACGGUGUGAAUGCCGUCAAGGCCAUCACCAAGGACCCCCGCAUGGUCCCCGGUGCCGGUGCCACGGAGAUCCAGCUUGUUGAGCGUCUGACCAACUUCGCCGACCGAACUCCCGGCCUUCCCCAACACGCGAUCCGCAAGUAUGCCGAGGCCUUCGAGGUCGUUCCCCGUACACUCGCCGAGUCUGCCGGUCUCGAUGCUACCGAGGUCCUCUCGCGUCUCUACACCGCACACCACCGCACCGCCGGUGCCGAGUCAUCUUCCGAGGAGGAGGGUAGCUCGUCUGAAGAAGAGGAGCCUUACUGGACUACGGGUGUCGAUCUUGAGAUCGGCGAGUCAGACGGUACCCUUGAUACCGUCGAGGAGGGUAUCUUGGACCUCAUGGCCUCCAAGAUGUCUGCGAUCCGUCUGGCCAGUGAGUCUGCCCGCACAGUUCUGAGCGUUGACCAGAUCAUUGUCUCCCGACAGGCUGGAGGCCCUAAGCCUCCGCAGGGUGGAGGUGACUGGGACCAGGACUAA